AUGGUAUCCCUGCCACGCUUCUUCCACACCAACAGGACCGACGACGACGCUUCCUCGCCGCCAAUAGAACUGUUAGCUUCUGCUACCGUUGCUAGCGAGAUGGCCCGCCCAAGCAGCAGCUCGCUGCCCGUGCUGGGCACGCCCGGCAGCCUAAAGACAGUCUUUGGCAGCUCGGAUACUCGAGACUCGAGUACGGCCGACGACUACAUCGACGAAAUUCUUCCGGAGUACCUACAGGGGUCCCUUUUGGCCUCAAACGCCACCGUCGGACGCCGCUCGCGCCUCGAUGAGUCGGCUGGUGAGGGCCUUCGCAGGAAUGUGCUUGUCCGCAACGCAAUGCUGUCCAGUCUGGAACGCGAGCGACGUCAACUCUCUGAAGACUUAUCGGCCCCUGCGCCAGAAGCUACGGUCCAUCAAAGCGAUAGGGUUCCCGGGUUUGAUGAAGAGGCUCAGUUCUUUGAAGACCUUCUCUCGGAACUAAGUGGUUCUGACUCCUUUGGAUCAGUCAGCACUGUGCUGGAGGCCUCGAUUCAAGAAAGCGGUGCGCACGCUCCGUUCUGGCCCCGUCCAGAAAGUGCUGAUGAAGAAGAGGACUUCGUCGAACUCGACUCGAGCCUUCCCUCUGAAGCCCUCCUCGCACAUCUGGUCUCGUCUCCUUACACAGAUACAAUCGAGUCAGCCACGGCUGUAGCCCCGAUGGAUCGAGACGAGGCCGUGCACAGCGUCGCACAAACUCUUGUCGGCUCCUGCUCCAGCGCUCUCUCCGCGCCACGCGAAUGCAUCGAUUCUGGGUUUGCGGAGGCAGUGUCUCGUCCAGCAUCUGUAGCCAGCUGCUGCAUCGGGUAUCCCAACGUGUGCCCGUAUCCUGCCACUCAUAGCUUUACCGGUUGCUCAUCGGAAGAGCUUCCAGCUUUGAUCGAUGACGACGACAGCGAUCUCGACGACGAUGAAGACGAAGUGGACGCUCAGUCCAAACCAGCAGCAGAGAUGGCACAGGCUAUGGAAGGCUCUCCCCAUGAAGUGUCACUCUUGCCGAGUCCAGAUGGCGAUGCAGCCCUCUCUCGACCUCUCUCGCCCGUCACGUCACCCAUCCCCUCGGUGUACCACGACUAUACCAGCUUCCGGGAUCCGCUUUCACCCGAGGCCUCCCGUCCAACGUCGCCGAUUUCCAGCGCCUCGUCGAAAGGUGACGGGGAUGGGCCCAGCCCUUUGCUUCUACCAUCAGACCUGGGGCCCUUGCCCUCUCUAGCUGAACUCUCCCUGCAGCUACCUGCGGUGUCUGGUACUAAUCCAUUGACCAGGCCGUCUUCGCGCGCUCUGGUGGGUCCGUGGUUUGAGCACAAGCAAGAUGUUUCAGGCUCGACGAAUGGCGAUACAGAUCGCAUGCACUGGACAAUCUCUUCCGCUCUGCAUUCACGACCAACACCCGUGGCUUCCUCAUCGACGACAAUCUCCGACCACAACCCUCAUAGACUUCUUUUCGAUUCACACCGCGGCGGCUACCCAUUCGCAGCGACAAAUGAUCCGAGCGACCAUUCGAUCGUUGUCCACUGGUCGCGUUGA